AUCUUCAUUUAUCGUGUAAAAUUUAGCUUGUUUUGUUUUUGUCAUAUUUUAAUAACAAUUCAAAAGUUUAUUUUCAAUUUUCCAAUAAAAAUUGAAUUCCGUUUAAAGAAGCUAGCAGAAAUUAAUAUGGAUUUCAUCGACAUCCAAGCCGUUGAGUCAAAGUUGACGGAUAUCACUGUUACACCAAUCCCAAUGGGGACUAAAAUUGCACCGAGUAGCCAGGGACUAAUCGUGUCCACCACUUGUCAUCCAAGCCAACAACAACAGCCGCAGAAUUUAUCUACAACCAGUUCUAAUGCUAGUUCAUCGGCACUCGUGACCCCUGUGACCAAUUUGAACCAGUUCCCCAACAACGGAUCCAAUCUAACUAAGUACGCCCAACUUUUGAUGGUUAUUGAGGAGAUGGGUCGCGAUAUACGGCCAACAUAUUCUGGUAGCCGCAGUUCAGCUGAGCGACUGAAGCGUGGGAUAGUGCACGCUAGAAUUUUGGUUCGAGAAUGUCUUCUGGAAACGGAACGUUCAGCUAGGCAGUGACGUAACUUGGAUAAUUUUCGAUUGAUAGAAAUGGUCAAAACCACCGAAUGAUUGUCACAAAGCGAAGAAAAUCUUUGUUUGUCGAGGCCGGUAAUAAUAGUACAAAUCGAUUACAAGCUGUGUUCAUAAGUAAUCGUUUGAAAGUACCUUUCAAUUUUGGAAAAAGGUUACAGCACACGUUUAAUAAAAAAAAAACGAAAUCUAAACGAUGCACGGAAGCUAACGUAUACCAACUUCUAUAUUGUUGAGCAUUUUGCCAAGCAGAUACCGUGAAACAUUUCACCAAGGAAAAGACAUUACAUUUAUAAGAUCUUAAAAUUUCUGGAUGAAUAUCUAUUUUAUAAUGUAAUUUAAUAUAAUAAAACUUGACUUAU